AUGACCUCCCCGAUCAUCGAGCUGCCGGAACACUAUCGUGUCGAUGGUGAACGCCUUGGGGGGGCUCUUGCCCAUGUGUCUGCACAAGCGAACAGUAUCGCAGAGUAUCAGGCCGAGCUCCAGCAUCUACAGUCUCGGUAUGGAGAAGAGCAGCGGCGAUUCGUCGAGCAACGUGUUGCGGCUGCCCAAGAAGAGGCAACGUACGGUGCAACGCGCUUGUCCUCGCCAUCCAGCAGACUUACGGCGACCCGUUGGCUCUGGAGCAUCGCGUUGACGCUCGUAUUCAGGACGUCCUACAGCAGCUCCAACAUGGAGCUCAGCAACAGGCUCGAGCAUUUGCAGAGACCCCGAUUGCAGACCAAUUUGCGCUGA